UCAUGCCCGAGCCCGCGAAGUCCGCCCCCGCCCCGAAGAAGGGCUCCAAGAAGGCCGUGACCAAGGCCCAGAAGAAGGACGGCAAGAAGCGCAAGCGCAGCCGCAAGGAGAGCUACUCGGUGUACGUGUACAAGGUGCUGAAGCAGGUGCACCCCGACACGGGCAUCUCGUCCAAGGCCAUGGGCAUCAUGAACUCGUUCGUCAACGACAUCUUCGAGCGCAUCGCGGGCGAGGCGUCGCGCCUGGCGCAUUACAACAAGCGCUCGACCAUCACGUCCCGGGAGAUCCAGACGGCCGUGCGCCUGCUGCUGCCCGGGGAGCUGGCCAAGCACGCCGUGUCCGAGGGCACCAAGGCCGUCACCAAGUACACCAGCUCCAAGUGAGCGGCGGACCUCACCGAAACCCAAAGGCUCUUUUCAGAGCCACCCACAACUUCAAAGCUUAGAGCUUUAAUACUGCUGACGUAGGAAAUCAUGAGAGAUACACCUACCCUCAUGUGCAGUGCUGGCUGUAGGCGUGUUUUGAAAUUAGUUUAAUGGCAUGUAGAGUCCACUUAAUGUACGUUUGAAUGUAGUGGGUAGCCAUUCCCGCUUUGAUCUGGAAGUUCCAACCCCCAUUGAGACUUGGGCAACUGUCACACCUACAAGGCAGGGCCAAGGGAGGGGCCUGGAGACCCGAGAUCUGGAUGGGCCAGCGCUCUCUCUGUUCCGGGACCCUGGACGGUGGAGGUGAGCCAAGCAGAGCUCCAGAGAACACCGCUGGACUGCGACACACCUUCCCCAGACCCCUUAAUUUGCAAGUUAUGCCAUUAAAUAAAACUCCUUAUAACUACGUGGA